ACACAUACCAUGCCAUAAUACUACUAGUAUAUAAUAACCUUCCUUACACAAGAUCAAUGUCUGAAUUCAAUCCAUUUACCAAAAAUCACUUUUACUGCUAUAUCAUAUCAUUUCUUUUUCUUGGGUUGUUCCAAAACUUGAAUGGAGGCAGUUUGUAAUGGUGGUGGCGGUGUCUCUUCUAGCAAGUUAGCUUUCUUGAAGUUGCCUGAUCAUACUCAUAACACUCAUCUUCCAAACGGGUUUACAUCUUUUCAAGUUACUGAAAAGAAGUUGUCGAUGGGAGCAACCAAUAAUUCACAGCCUAAAAUCGUGACUGGAGAAGCCGGUUAUGUUCUUGAAGAUGUUCCUCAUUUAUCUGACUAUAUUCCUGAUCUUCCUACUUAUACCAAUCCCUUGCAAGAUAAUCCUGCAUAUUCAGCUGUGAGACAGUACUUUGUCAAUGCUGAUGACACCGUUCCACAAAAGGUUGUUGUUCAUGCAACUGGUCCAAGAGGGAUACAUUUUCGACGAGCAGGUCCUCGCCAAAAAGUUCAUUUCGAGUCUGAUGAAGUACGUGCAUGUAUCGUUACAUGUGGAGGUUUAUGCCCUGGACUCAACACAGUGAUCAGAGAAAUAGUUUGUGGCUUGAACUACAUGUAUGGUGUAAAUAGAGUCCUGGGAAUAGAUGGAGGAUACCGGGGUUUCUAUUCCCGCAACACAAUAUCCUUGACACCUAAGGUUGUAAAUGAUAUCCACAAACGUGGUGGGACAGUUCUUGGAACAUCACGCGGAGGCCAUGUCACCAAAAAGAUAGUUGACAGCAUUCAGGACCGUGGAAUCAAUCAGGUAUAUAUUAUUGGAGGAGAUGGGACGCAAAAGGGGGCUAGUGUUAUUUUUGAGGAAAUCAGAAAACGAGGUCUUAAAGUUGCGGUUGUCGGUGUCCCGAAAACCAUUGAUAAUGACAUUCCGGUUAUUGACAAAUCUUUUGGUUUUGAUUCUACUGUGGAGGAAGCUCAACGUGCUAUUAAUGCUGCACAUGUGGAAGCAACAAGUGUUGAGAAUGGCAUUGGUGUUGUGAAGUUAAUGGGACGGAACAGCGGGUUCAUUGCGAUGCAUGCAACUCUUGCUAGUCGAGAUGUCGAUUGCUGCUUGAUUCCCGAAUCACCGUUUUUUCUUGACGGUCCUGGUGGACUUUAUGAAUACAUUGAGAAACGACUCAAAGAACAAGGGCACAUGGUAAUUGUGAUAGCGGAAGGUGCAGGGCAAGAGCUACUCUCUCAGAGUCUGCAAUCUACUGAUCAGCAGGAUGCUUCUGGAAAUAAGCUUUUACAAGAUGUUGGAUUGUGGAUAUCUCAAAGCAUCAAGAAUCAUUUUGCUAAAGAACAGAAGAUGGCAAUUAAUCUCAAAUAUAUAGAUCCCACAUAUAUGAUCCGAGCCAUUCCUAGCAAUGCAUCAGACAACGUUUACUGCACUCUUCUGGCUCAAAGUGCUGUUCAUGGAGCAAUGGCAGGGUACACAGGCUUCACAGUAGGGCCUGUCAACGGCAGGCACUGUUACAUACCAUUCCAUCGAAUCAAUGAGAGACAGCACAAGGUUGUGAUAACGGAUAGGAUGUGGGCUAGACUUCUUUCAUCAACGAAUCAACCAAGCUUCUUGACAAGAGAUAUAAUAGAAAAUGCCAAGAAAGACGAGGAAGAAGUAGUUCCUCGGUUGCUGGAUGAGAAUCCCAUAAACAGGAAGAAGGUCGCAUGUUGAGCUGCACCGAACCUGAUGCGCGCGAUAUAGGUGUUUCGGUUUGUACGGCAGAAGUUGUAUUGCACUUGGCUUUAUAACCAUUCAGUUCAGUGACUAAUUGGUAUUAGGUGGUUCCAAACAAACCCACCCAAAUUGAGAUCCUCCCUAUUGCCUAUUGGAGGUGUGCUAGCGGAAUGUAAUUUUGUGCCAUAAAUAAAAAUGGCAACAACACAUAAUUAUUAUAUAUUCGUUUUCUUUCUCA